CUGACAGAGAGCAGCACAGGGAUUGAACUACCAGUGGCUUCUUUCAGCUACACUACAACCCACUGUUCAGCUGAGAGCCAUUAAUGUUAAAUAAAGGAUAUGUUUUACUGUCAUUUUGCCAGUUUAUGUUUUUUUAAAGAUCAGUUGGACAGCUUGCAGAAGUACUAUGUUUGUAAAGUGCUUGAGAAAAGGCAGCUGUAAUUCUUAGGUGUAGACUUUUGUAAAACAUUAGCUCCAGUCUAGAAAAUGGAAGGGAAUUCAACCUUCGAGUCUGAGCAGUGCCUGAAAGAACCAGAAAGCAGACAUGUUAAGGAUCAAGGGAAAUCGAAUUUGCGGGUGACUUCAUCCGAGGAUGCUGAUCGCAUCAAAGCAAAAGAAAACCUUGCGAAUGGGAAUAAUCGCACUGCAAAUACAAAGGUUGCUCGAAACAUCCCCCGAAGGCACACAGUAGGUGGCGCUCGCAGUUCCAAAGAAGCGCUGGGGAUGCAGCCGUCAGAAAUGGAAAGAAAACGAGAGGCAUUUCUAGAGCAUCUGAAGCAGAAGUAUCCGCACCAUGCAACCGCUAUCAUGGGGCAACAGGAGCGCCUGAAAGAGCAGAGCAGGAGCCCAAAGCACUUAAGAAGUCCCCAGGCUGCUCUCACGGACCAGUCUGAACACCUUUCAGUGGCGUCAGCAGAUUCCUUCGAAGCAAUGGCCGAUUCGGAGAUACCAAACAAUUUCAAUCGAGGGACUCGCUUCCGGACAAGCCUCCCGGUUGUUCGCUCAACCAACCAGACAAAAGACAGAUCACUGGGUGUUCUAUAUCUGCAAUAUGGAGAUGAAAUCAAAAAGAUUGCGAUGCCAAAUGAAAUCACAACUAUGGACACAGUUCAUGCACUCUUUGUAGGUGCCUUCCAUCAGCAACUCACUAUGAAAGUAUUGGAAUCUCAAAAUGUUGCUGUAUACAUUAAGGAUGAGGCCAGGAAUGUGUACUAUGAACUCUCUGAUUUAAGGAGCAUUCAGGACAGAGCCCUUCUAAAGGUUUACCACAAGGAUCCUGCGCACAUAUCCUUCAGCCAUUCCUCGAGGGCUGUGAAUGGAGACUUAAGGAUGCAAAGAGAGGUGAUGUACGCAACAAAAGACGCCCCUCAUUCCUUUCGUCAUCAAGUUCCGGGUCCGGGCCCCUUUAUACACGGGCCACCAAAUUCGCCACCUUUAGCCCACUCUAUGCCGCCUUCUCCUUCCAGGAUCCCGUACAAUGGGGGGAGAGCCAUAGCCAUGCCAGGCAGUGCCACUGUCCCUCGGGACAUACUUUCCAGUGUGCCACCGUCAAGAUCCAUAUCCCCAAGCCAUCCUGGUGCCAUCCUGGAGAGGAGGGAUGUAAAGCCUGAUGAGGAUUUGAGCAACAAGAACCUUGCACUGUUCAGAAAUGAAGGCCUGUAUGCCGAUCCAUACAUGUUCCAUGACGGGAGGAUGAGCAUUGCCUCCCCUCACUCUGGGAUUCCCGGAGACAUCCCGGAUCACGUCGCCUUUCAUCGGCCAUCGGUCCGGCCUGGCAACAUGUACCCAAAUUCCCCUGUGCAGAGCGAUAUGAUGGAACAGUCCAUGUACAGAAUGAAGUCCAGGAAAUAUACUGACACUUAUAUACCAACGGUGGGCUCCAAAACGCCACCACCCUCCCCUCAAAAGAUGAUUGACGUCAGAAUGAUGGAGCUGCAUGGGGCAAACAGCCACAUGGCUCACACCAUUCAACCUGACAGAUCUUCUCCUGUGCGUUUGAUGCGCAAGGAUUCCGGCCCACCGGCGCUCCUGGAAACAAUAAUCCCUAAAUCCCGCAGCAAUGCGCCCUCGCCUUCCAUUUCCGAUGUUGUUCCGUUUUCAGCUGAGAAACUAAUGUCGGGGUUUGUGGCAUCUUCAGCAGCGAAUGACCCAGAGACAAGAGCACGGAUGAUAGCUAUGGAGAAGCAGAUUGCCAGCUUGACCGGCCUGGUUCAGUCUGCACUGUUCAAGGGAGGCAACGGCAACGGUACCAAAGAAAUUCCCAGUGAAAAGCUCAAGGUCGGAUCACACCCCAGCAGUUCUGAAGCAGGAGGUACAACAAAUGCUACAGCAGCAAAGUACUCCGAGAUCAAUUUGGAGUCGUUGAGUGAUGUCAUUCAGAUUUCUACCACUUGUACACAUCAGCUACAAGUAUUUGAGUUACGAAGAAAUGUUCAAGACCUCCGCCAGCAGCUUCAGCAGUUAAGAUUUCUACAGCUGCAGAACCAAGAGAUGCUCAAAGGGAUGUUGAAGAAAGCAGAAUCUGAAAUCAAUAGCAGAGUUAGUGAAGCAUUGAAGAGAAUGGAAGAUCCGCUGCAGCGACAGCGCAUGCUGGUGGAGGAGGAGAGACAGAAAUACCUCACUGAAGAGGAGAAAAUAAUACAGCAACUCUGUGGGCUGGAGAUAUCUAUAGAAGAGCUGAAAAAGGACUGCACAUCAGCCCAGCAAAAAGUCACUCUGAAGGAUGUAGAGGAAGGUGCAGUUGCCCUGCGCCAUGUGGGAGAAUCGCUAGCGGGACUCAAAGCUGAGUUCCCCCCUCUACAGAACAAGAUGCGGGCAGUGCUGCGGGUGGAGGUGGAAGCGGUGAAGUUCUUGAAAGAAGAGCCUCACAAGCUGGAAAGUCUGCUGAAAAGAGUCAAGAGUAUGACUGAUCUGCUGACUGGUUUAAGAAGAUUGGUAACCGAAGGCCUAGGCAGAGGAACAGAAUCCACACAGUCAUUAGAUCCUCCACCCACCUGUGUGGAGUCAGAAAUCUCCAAAGAGGCUCCUUUCCAAACUGUGGAGCAGGUGACCGCUCACCACGCAUCUUUGCCUCAGGCUGCUCCUGCCGCAUUCCACGAGACACAGAAUUCCCUGGUGAAGUCAGAGCCCCAAAUGGUCAUCCAUCACAUCCAGAGCUCCUCUGUGCUGAUCCAACCGACCCACCACUCUUCAAUGUUGGUUCACCCUUCCCAGAGUCCUCCCGGAAUCCCAAAGCAAGCUCACAAUGUCUCGGCUACGGUUCAGCCUCAGGCACCGUCCUCCUCGGCUGUUACAAAGCAAUGCCAGGAGUCCAUAGAAAGAGUAGCUCAAACCCAGAGUCCUCAAGCUCACCAGCCUCUGAGCUCCCCAUCCACAGCGCAGCCUGCGUCUGCCCAGAACCUCUUUAUUGACGAGAUUCACGCUGCGAGUGCUAAAAAAAGCAUCUACCGAAAAAUGAGUUUCGAGGCCGCGGAGAGAGAGUGGGAAGAGAAGAGGCACAACAUUAAUCAGUACGACGGGAGGGAGUUUGAACGGCUCUUGGAGGAAGCGCAGGCCAAUUUGAUGAAAGCAAUUCCCAGUCUGGAAGUGGAGCCUGAGCAGAAAACAAUUCAGAAGCCAGAUGAGGCAGAUGGAAUCAAACAACUAGAGGAGAUGCCGCUGCCUGAAAAGGGAACCGAGAAACCCAUGAAGUCACCUCCUCCGCCACCUCCACGCCGGUCCUACCCUCCAGGCUCCGGCCUGACCACUGCCAGAUCAGGGGAAGUGGUCGUGACUGCCAAGAAAGACAUCAUUACCAUUAUAGCUGAUGAAGAGAACAGCCCAGUGCAACCACCAAAGUCACCAAAAAGUCCAUUGGAGAUGAAGGGAAAACUACAGCCUCCCGCUCCCAUUGCAGCCUCAGCCAUCAAAGAAGAUGAGGAUGAGGGUGACCGGAUAAUGGCAGAACUCCAGGCUUUCCAGAAAUGCUCAGUUAUGGAUGUAAGUUCCAAACCAGGUGUUGAGCAGCCCAGAGUUGAAUUGCAAACCAGAGACCUAAGGCCCAUGGCUUUAAUAUCACCCAAAGAAAAGAAGCAGAAAUCAGACAUUUUCAGUGAAGAUAAACAGGCCAUAGAUACACCGAAUGAGGGCCAGGCUGAGCUGGAAUCUGCAGAGGAUUUGUCCGAUAAACUCGAGACCUCCACCUUCAUCUUUCAUGAUGUUCAUUCAAACGAUUCCCAAAUUGAAGUUCAGCCUCAGAAUGACACAUCUGUGCCUCAGGAGGCCUCCAAGGAGACCCUCAAAUGUUUGGGAGAUGAAGAGCAAUCUGUAUCAGAUCAAACACAAGUUGCGCUCGAGUCUGCUGCAAUCGAGCACAGUGUUACUUUGGAGAAAGAGCUGGUGCCUGCCUUAAGAGGUCAUGAAUCAAUCGUAAAGGUUGAAACAGAGUACAGACUCCACAAACCUGACCGAGUGAGCGAAUUGGAUAACACAUAUUCUGCAAAUACUCCCGAUAUGAAUGAGGUUGUUAAUCGAGGUGAUACUAACCUGGUUAGACCAGAGAAGGGCCAACCGUAUAUGCAGCAAAUCACCUCAUUUGUUAGCCAGCAGGAUUCAAAUGUUAAUCAAUUUCAUCCUCAAGAAUGGGACGUGCCAACAGCAGAGUCUAGUCAACAAGCUGGAAAUUGCAGCCAGCAGGUAGUAUUGAGACCAAAGACUUCGAAAAAGGUUACUGUCAGAUAUGCUGAGGAUAUUGACUCUUCGGGUUCCUCUGGAGAUGAGACAUCAUCGACCGACAACAUAGCAUUUAUGAUUACAAACACCAAGGUGCAGGCCCUGUCCAGUGGUGAGGUCAACGAUUUGGUAAACCAAAGUGGAGAAGGCAUCCAGACUGUGAGCGUUGAUGCAAAUCAAGCAAUGACGGCACACCAGUACACCCCACAGGAUACUGGGAACGAAGCCCCAGAGUUUUGCAUUGAUAAGAAACCAGUGAUUAUCAUCUUUGACGAACCCAUGGAUAUCCGAUCGGCUUACAAAAGAUUGUCGACAAUUUUUGAAUCUGACGAAGAGCUGGAAAAAAUGAUGGCCGAGGAGAGAAUAGAGGAAGAAAACGAAGACAUGGAAGUGGCAUCCGAGACCGUAACCUCAUACUCCACGAGGAUCAAUAACAUGAACAAUAAUCAAUUAUGUCCAGAAUCUUUCGCUUUGAAUUCAACAGCUGAUUCUGAAUCUGGUGAACCUAGUGACGUCCGCUUCGGUUUGGAUGAAACGAAGACAGCAAACAAAGCCAGUACUAAAGCUGUCCAAGAUGAGACAUCCACACCUGACUGUGUGGACACCAGUAAGAACGAUUCCAAGAAGAAAUUCAAGUUCAAAUUUCCCAAGAAGCAACUUGCAGCUUUGACCCAAGCGAUCCGUACAGGCACGAAGACCGGGAGGAAAACACUGCAGGUCGUCGUGUACGAGGAUGAGGAGGAACCUGACGGAACUGUGAAGCAGCACAAGGAAUCAAAGAGAUUUGAGAUCACCCGGUCAAAGAAUAAAGAGGAAGCCGCCAGCAAAACCAGCGAGCCAAAGCAACACAGCACCAUCGAUCCUGUGUCGAAUUCAACCAGAACAGAUCAGAUUCGGAAAAACACUUACAAGACCCUGGAUAGUCUUGAGCAAACCAUCAAGCAGUUGGAAACGACAAUAAGUGAAAUGAGCCCAAAGGUUUCAGAUCAGGGGGAGGAAUAUGUGGAUAACGCCACAAUUUUUUACGACUCUGGAACGGUUCAGGAUGAAUCCAAAUCUCCUGCAGAUCAAUCCCUGCUUUCUUCUGGAAAGGCACCUCAGCAGGCCAAAGGCAAACCACCGCUCCUUCCAAAAAUCUCCACAAAAGCAAGUGUACAGGCUUCAAACCUGAUGUCGCCCACUAGCAGAAUGCCGGUCUCUGUGGGAUCCAAAACGCAACAGCAGCGGCAGCAACAGCAGAGCAACGCAGACAAAGCGACCAAACCCAAACUCCAAGACCCCCAGCGCCAGUUCCGACAGGCUAAUGGAAGUGCUAAGAAAGCUGGUGGGGAGAGUAAGGCUACUUCCCCUACUUUACCUGCUUCUAAGAUCCCAGCCCUUUCUCCCAGCUCUGGGAAAACUAGCUCUAUAUCUGGUCCUAGCAGUGACACUAACUCUCCCAGUACCUCUAGUAAAUAUGCCCUUCCUGCUACUAAUUUUACUCCAGCUGCCGGGCGUUCCACUCCACUUUCACCUGUAUCUCACAUCCCCUCUGCAUCUAACGGCUCCCUAAAGCUUCAUGCUCAGAACCCUCCAUUAACAGGCAAAUCUCAGCAUCCUUCCUUCCCACUACACGUGCCAAAUGGCAGAUCCUCUUCCUCAUCCUCUUCCCCCUCCCCGGUUUCUCCCACUUCAUUAAUUCAAGGUGUGAAGAGCAUUCGGACAAUCCAUACCGCUAGCUUCGCAAGCUACAAGCAACAGAACAGCAGCCAGAGCAAGCCCAGUGUGGCCACUCUCAAAGAAACGGCAUAGACGCAGCACUAUGAACGCAUGAUUACCACAUCAUUUAUUCUUUGAUUUGCAGUAGAAUGCUGUUAAUGAUUAUAUAUUGGUACAGUCUUUACAAAGUAUGCAUUAAAUGUAACCAGAAUUAGCAAAUCUGUGUCAGCCAGCAAACACUGACUUACUUUUGCAGUGUGUGGGGAAAUGAAGUCCACUUGCAGUGUUUCUCUUGUAAAUAAAUGUUCCAAGUUAACCAGGCCUAAAAUCAGGGGGGGUGUGAUGAACGAAUUCAGGUUGAGAUAUAAAGAGAGUAGUAACAAAGACAUUCACCUAACAAGUUAUUUUCAAACGCAUUGUUUUGUAUACAGAGUAUUUUUUCACGAUGCGCAGAUGAUAUUGAUUUAACUAUUGUAAAGUUUGAAUAAUGAGCACUGUGGGAUGCUAAAGUAAGAUGGGCAUAAAUUAUUCCAUACUUACACAUGGCUGCAUCAAAUGAUAUCUAGCACUGGAUCGGAGAUGAAUUUAGAAUCCAGGGCAGGUCGAAAGAACAGAAACUGGGAUGACUGCAGCAACACAAAUAUUUUUUGCACUGAAUUACAUUUAUUCAGCACAUCGCUUCAGCUUUUCACCUGGCUAGAAUAUAAACAGGAACAUGGGACAAAACACUUUAUUUAAUGGCUAAAGUGUUAACCACAACACAUGCCAAUCUAGGUCAAAGGCAGCCAUGGGGUGAGGAAUGUAUGUUUGUGGUAAGUACAUCUUUUACUAUUUACAACCAUACAUAACUGCACAUCCUAUUGAAUCCAGACCUAAACCAAGUAAAUCCGCUGUUUUGUUUUUAAAUUUCUAUUGCUGACAGUUCAAUAAAUAUUGCCUAAUGUUCCACAAAAUAAAAAGGGACAGGAGAAUGCAGAUUAAAUCUCUGGUUUGGAACCAGUGACCGAAAGCCUCAUGGUGUAGAUAUACUGUCUGUUGUACUGCCUAAGGAUAUGAGUAUUGGUUUUUGGAGUGAGAAUGAAAAACUGUUUCAUAUUUUGCUUGUUUUUUAUAUAUAGGUGGCAUUUAUUUCUAAUUGCUCCAAAGCUGUGCUUUUGUACUUCCAACCGAUGAUUAUUCUUUAAAAUCUUUUUAAAAAAAGCACCUGGAUUCUUGCCUUUUUUGUGCUUUUUUUUGCCAGUUUUUAUUGUAGUUGCUUAUCGAGAUUUGUUAACCCAUAUUAAGAAACUUGUAAAACUGGCAAACGCGUGUUUUGUGUGUGUGUAUAAAAAAAACUAUAAAUCUAUACACAUAUCUGCUUAUAAAUCUGCAGGGAUGCUUAGUUUCCAAGAUAGCACCAAAGUUUGUUUCCUUGCAUGCCUUUUUAUUAUAAGAUAUAUUAUUUUAAGAAACAGAUGGGUAUAAGAUGGGGCAUGUUUGCACAUCCAGAGUUUUUGUACAUAGUUUUGUUUUUUGUAAAGCAAUCUGUAAAAUAUGGCAUUGUGGUGAGCUGCAAACUCUAGCCUUGUGAAGAAGCAAUGAAAUAAAGGCCGCAUGCUUGUAACCUCA